AUGUUAGACAAUGAAGCACUUGUUGAUAUCGAUUCAAAAUUAUUUAAUCAACGAUUUCCUCAUAAUAUGAGUGUUAAAUUCAAUUAUCCCUUGAAUUUAUGUAAUGAUUGGAAAGUCAAACAUUUUCGUGUAUUUGUUUUAUCAAUCGGUCUUCCAUGCAUUUUAUCACAUUUACCUUCACUUAUCGCAUCACAUUUUGCUUUAUAUUUGAUGUUUAUUAAAUUAUUGCAUUGUCCCAAAUCAACCGAUGAAAUUAAAUUGGCUGAUAAGAUCGUACAUUAA